AUGCACAACAAUUACUACCUCUCCCCGGAAGAGCACAACUCAGUCAUCAAGGUCAGCGAGUGGCUCGAGUCGGAGAAACGAUACUUACACGCACAAAGCGUCAUCCCUGACAAGAGAGCAAAGCCGUCGGCAGACAGGCAUCAUCAUCUUGACAAGGGAGCGAAUUCCAGCGCAGAGUCAAAGACCGACACCCUUACCAUAAGCCCGAGAGAGCAUGCAGGCUCUGAGGCAGCAUUGUCGUCGCUGCUCAACUUUCAUUUCAGCUGGAGCGAGAAGCCCAAGGCUGAAACAGGUCACCUCAGAAAGCACACUCCAGAACAUAAUGAGCCCAGCAUAGACUUUACUGGGAUAUGGGACGCUGCAUUCGAAGAGCUUCUUGGUACGGCAAGAAGCAAGGCGGAUAGCGAAGAUCAGCCAGCGGCUCAGGGAGAGUUACAUAGUAAGAGUGACGAAGGCAGUAGCACUUCAGCUGCGCUACACGAGUGGGAGAGCAGGGCAAUGAUGGCUUCAUGGCGAGCUCGAAGUAUGUCCUCCCAAGAGGUCAAGGAUGAUUCCAAGAUCACGAUGGUGUACAUGUUCUGA